GUAAAACUCAAAAUCAGCUGUUUCUGUCUGUGGUCACAGAUCUGUGGUUUUGAUUUCUGUUUACGAUAUCAUGACAGUGUUGAAUCGCUAAUAAAUUCCAUUAUUACAAAUAUUUCAGUGUGCUUCUGGUUAAGCCACUGCAACAUGAGAUUUGUGGCACAAUAAAUGUUACGCAUAUGUGGAGAGCAAUCGGCUAAAGAGCAGAAAAUGGUAAAACAAGAUGUGGACACGGGCCUUCCAGAUCCAGAACAUCCUGAGGAAGAGCUUCCUACCAACAAUGAAACUGGGGUAAUUCUAGUAACAGAUGAAGAGUCCGAUGACCAGGAAACGCUUGCCAUUGACCAGUAUCAGCCUCUUCCGAUGGAAGAUUCUGGAGAGUCUGGUCAUGAAAGCAGCAGUGAAGAUGAAGACUUAGAAAUUCAAGCUAGUGGCAUAACUGCACCACCAGAUGUCAACUUACCUCCCAUCACCCCCAUGGAAGAGAUACUGGUGAAAGAAGUAUGGUCAGCACCUCCUCCAAAAGAUAUUGAAAUGGAUAGCAAUAAAGUAGAUGAGGUAAAAAAAGCUAUGGCCAACAUUACUUUACCACCAGGUGCAAUACCUGAUUGGGCAGAAACUAUCCCUGAGGAAGAGUGGAAGCAACAUUUAUUGAAUAGGUUGCAAAACAGUGAAGGGUGAAUAGACAUUCUUAGUGGUAUGAUUCUUGCAUUACACUUGAUCUGCAUAUUUUAUAUUAUGUAAUUCUGUCUCAACACAUUAUGUGAUCUUGAGAUGUUAUUGUGACUAAAUGUAUGUACACCAUAUCCUCUAUCUAUUUACUUUUUUAACAUUGCGAUUAAGAGCCUUUUUAAGGAAUUUAUUGUUUUUUCUAUGCAAAUGGCUAAGACUAUGAAAAUUCUGCAAACAGCAUGAAUAUACACACUUUUUGAGAUAAUAAUAAAGGUUUUAUGUUGUUAGAACUUCUUUAUUGACAAUUUUGGUAUUAAAUAACACAAUUACAAUAUAUGCUGAUACA